CGCGCCGGGAGCCAUUGCUCGGAGGUUCCUGCUGUUGUCGCACUCUCGGCGUGUGGAAGACCUAAGUUGAGUUAAGCCCACUGCUACGUGACGGCGGAGGGCCAGGAAAAGGCGCACUCAAGCCGGAGCGCCUGUCACUGACUGAAUGCAACUUCUUUUGUCGGUCCAGAGGCCCCUGCGGCCCCGCCCCCGCCCCGAUGCUUUGCGGAGAGCUCCGUUGUUAGGCAACAGCGCUUAAGCUCGCUCUGAAGGCUGGUGGGCGGAUUGGUGGGAUUGGGGAGCUCAGGGGGUGUCAGGCCACGAGCAGAACCUGGAUGGACCAGUACUGCAUCCUGGGCCGCAUCGGGGAGGGCGCCCACGGCAUCGUUUUCAAGGCCAAGCACGUGGAGACUGGCGAGAUAGUCGCGCUCAAGAAGGUAGCCCUGCGGCGACUGGAGGAUGGCAUCCCCAACCAGGCCCUGCGGGAGAUCAAGGCUCUGCAGGAGAUUGAGGACAGUCCAUACGUGGUGCAGUUGAAGGCUGUGUUUCCACAUGGUGCAGGCUUUGUGCUGGCCUUUGAGUUCAUGCUGUCAGAUUUGGCUGAGGUAGUGCGCCAUGCCCAGAGGCCACUGGCCCAGGCACAAGUCAAGAGCUACCUGCAGAUGCUGCUCAAGGGUGUUGCCUUUUGCCAUGCAAACAACAUUGUACAUCGGGACCUGAAACCUGCCAACCUGCUCAUUAGCGCCUCAGGCCAGCUCAAGAUAGCAGACUUUGGCCUGGCUCGAGUCUUUUCCCCAGAUGGCAGCCGCCUCUACACACAUCAGGUGGCCACCAGGUGGUACCGAGCCCCUGAACUCCUGUAUGGUGCCCGCCAGUAUGACCAGGGUGUCGAUUUGUGGGCCGUGGGCUGCAUCAUGGGGGAGCUGUUGAAUGGGUCCCCCCUUUUCCCGGGUGAGAACGACAUUGAACAGCUUUGCUGUGUUCUUCGCAUCUUGGGGACCCCCAGCCCUAAAGUCUGGCCGGAGAUCACUGAGCUUCCUGAUUACAACAAGAUCUCCUUUAAGGAGCAGGCACCUGUGCCUCUGGAGGAGGUGCUGCCAGAUGCCUCGCCUCAGGCCUUGGACCUGCUGGGUCAGUUCCUCCUCUACCCUCCUCGCCAGCGCAUUGCAGCAUCCCAGGCCCUCUUGCAUCAGUACUUCUUCACAGCUCCUUUGCCUGCCCACCCAUCUGAGCUGCCGAUUCCUCAACGCCCAGGGGGACUGGCCCCCAAGGCCCACCCAGGACCCCCCCACGUCCAUGACUUCCAUGUGGAUCAGCCUCUUGAGGAGUCACUGUUGAACCCGGAGUUGAUUCGGCCCUUUAUUCCAGAGGGCCAUCCUGAGGGCUGAUCUCAAGAAUGCAGUAGUCAACCUACCAGCCAAGGUGAUGAGGACAUCCAGAGCAGUGGAAGAGACCCAUGGCCUAUGUUCAGGGAGCCUCAAGUCUGUGUGCUACUGACUUAACCAUCAGAAACUGAGCUCUGCUGCCAUUCAAGGCCUGCCCACAUAGAAUGUCAAUUCCUGCCUUGGUGUUGGCCUUCCAGGUGCUGCCUCCAGGCCAGAGACAUUCUUGUUAGAACCAGUUCAGGGAAUAUGAUGUCCUCAUGUUCAAAACUCAGGUGGGAUGGAAGGUUUGGUUUGGUUUUAUUCUAAAAGACACUGAAUAUUCUAGUUUAGAAUUUGAGAUUUACUAUGUAAACCCCAAGUGGUUCUGCCUUAUGUCUGCUCCUUUCUCAUUCCUAUCAAGGAGAACAGCAGAGAUGGUAUCAUUUCAUUGCUCUCAUUGGGGGUGGGGGGAGUCAUAGUCACUUUUGCCCUGAGGUCUGCAUGUAUGCUAAUGUGAUUCAUUUGGAAGUGAAGUGGGCAGAAGUGGGGGCCCAAAAAUGGCUCCUGCUGGAGAUUCAGCAGGAGACCCUCUGCACAGUAGGCUGAUUUGCUUCAUCUACUCAGGGUGAGGGUGAACAGAAGCAGCUAUGUAAAUAAGGGAGCAGGCACUCAUGGAAUUAAUUUAUUAUUUCAAUAAAUUCUAAUAUU